UGCUCGGGAGCACUAGAGGAAGCCUUGGGCUGCUCGUGAGGGGCCUUCGGCAUUGCUGUCCUGCGCACAUACCCACUCGGCGCGCAGUCGGUCUAAGGUUAUUCCUUGUCUGGCCGUGAAGGACGAAAGAGUAACUAAGUAACCUGCUGAGGUAGUGCUCUAAUGAGCUCUUCUGAGGUGUUUUGGGGAUGACAUGGUAAGACGGAUGACUUAAAAGUCACGUAAAACUGCUCACCCGCACUGCGUUGCCCGUGUCGUGCCGUUCGUGGCCUUCUGGACCCCUUGUUGAGUUGCAGGAGGUAGUCGCCUGUUUGAGAGGAUUUGCAAGUGGUAUUAUAAUGCGGCUGGAUUCAACAAAUAUGGGUUAAUGCGAGAUGAUACAUUGCAUGAAGAUGAUGAUGUAAAAGAGGCAUUGAAGAGACUUCCAGAACAUCUGUACAAUGAGAGAGUAUUUCGCAUAAAGCGAGCACUGGACUUAAGCUUGAAACAUCAGAUCCUUCCCAAAGACCAGUGGGUGAAGUAUGAAGAGGAUCACCAUUAUCUCGAACCAUACCUUAAAGAAGUAAUCCGUGAAAGACAAGAAAGAGAAGCAUGGAACAAGAAGUAACUAUUGAACUACUUCAUGCAAAUAUCCAGAUAUUUCUGAUAUUUUAAACAGUUGGUUGUAGAGUUCCAUGGGGAGGCAGUUGUGGGGCUGAGGAAUACUGUUUCAGCUUCAGUUCAUUGAGUCUGAUCAUCCAACUAAAAUAAACAUGUCAAACUAUAAAAA